AUGUCUGACGACGUUCAAGCUUUAGUUAUCGAUAACGGUUCUGGUAUGUGCAAGGCCGGUUUCGCUGGUGAUGAUGCACCACGUGCUGUCUUCCCAUCCAUCGUCGGUCGUCCAAGACACACCGGUGUCAUGGUCGGUAUGGGUCAAAAGGAUUCAUACGUUGGUGAUGAAGCCCAAUCCAAGAGAGGUAUCCUCACCUUGAAGUACCCAAUUGAACACGGUAUCGUUACCAACUGGGAUGAUAUGGAGAAGAUCUGGCAUCAUACCUUCUACAAUGAACUCCGUGUUGCCCCAGAGGAACACCCAGUUCUCCUCACUGAAGCCCCACUCAACCCAAAGGCCAACCGUGAAAAGAUGACUCAAAUCAUGUUCGAAACCUUCAACACCCCAGCCAUGUACGUUGCCAUCCAAGCUGUAUUGUCACUCUAUGCUUCUGGUCGUACCACCGGUAUUGUCAUGGACUCUGGUGAUGGUGUCUCCCACACUGUUCCAAUCUAUGAAGGUUAUGCUCUCCCACAUGCUAUCCUCCGUCUCGAUCUCGCUGGUCGUGAUCUUACUGACUACCUCAUGAAGAUCCUCACCGAACGUGGUUACUCUUUCACCACCACCGCCGAACGUGAAAUCGUCCGUGAUAUCAAGGAAAAGCUCGCCUACGUUGCCCUCGAUUUCGAGUCUGAAAUGCAAACUGCUGCCACCUCUUCUCAACUCGAAAAGUCCUACGAAUUACCAGACGGUCAAGUCAUUACCAUCGGUAACGAACGUUUCCGUUGCCCAGAAGCCCUCUUCCAACCAUCCUUCCUCGGUAUGGAAUCUGCUGGUAUCCACGAAACCACCUACAACUCGAUCAUGAAGUGUGAUGUUGAUAUCCGUAAGGAUCUCUACGGUAACGUCGUUCUCUCUGGUGGAACCACCAUGUUCCCAGGUAUUGCUGACCGUAUGAACAAGGAACUCACUGCCCUUGCUCCAUCCACCAUGAAGAUCAAGAUCAUCGCCCCACCUGAGCGUAAGUACUCUGUCUGGAUCGGUGGUUCCAUCCUUGCCUCCCUCUCCACUUUCCAACAAAUGUGGAUCUCCAAGGAGGAAUACGACGAGUCUGGUCCAUCCAUCGUCCACAGAAAGUUUUUAUUAAGUUGUUCAAAAGAGCUUAAAGAUAAUAAAUUAUAA